CUCACACGCGGCAGCUCUCAUAUCAGUUUUACUAGACUGCAAUCUUCUCUCUUAACAUUCCUCCUGACCGCACACGCAGUAAUAGAACAGAUUUCAUCGACUGCACUGUUUGAAGAUCUUGAAAUGGCUGAUUCACUUUCCUACACACUAUCUCCACUGCACUCCAGUGUUUCAUCAGUCCCUGCUGAUUCAGGGUUAGAGUCAAACACAACAACAUGUCAGGACUGGGAACAAGCCCAUCAUCUUCUCUUUCACUUGGCCAACCUGAGCCUGGGUCUGGGCUUCCUUAUCCCCACCACAAUAGGGCUCCAUAUGAUCUUCCUCAGACUGCUACUAAUGACAGGAUGCUCUUUGUUCAUAGCGUGGGCCACAUUAUAUAGAUGCACACUUGAUGUAAUGGUGUGGAAUGUGGUUUUCCUACUGGUGAACUUCAUGCAUUUCUUCUUCCUGCUUUAUAAAUGCAGACCAAUUAAGAUUGAUAGAGAGCUCAAAUCAGUAUACAAGCGCAUGUUUGAGCCCCUGCAUGUACGUGAGGCCCUAUUUCAGAGACUGACUGGCCAGUUCUGCACCAUCCAAACCCUAAAGAAGGGCCAAGUGUAUGCGGCGGAAGAUAAGACUUCUGUUGAUGAACGUCUCAGCAUUCUUCUCAAAGGAAAGAUGAAGGUAUCUUACCGUGGUCAUUUCUUGCAUAAUAUUUACACCAACUCCUUCAUCGACUCUCCAGAGUUCAGGUCAACUCAAAUGAACAGGGGAGAAAAGUUUCAGGUUACCAUUACUGCUGAGGAAAACUGCAAGCUGUUGUGCUGGACCAGAGAGCGUCUGACUUACUUCUUGGAGUCAGAGUCUUUUCUGAAUGAAGUGUUUAGGUACCUCAUUGGCAAAGACAUUACCAACAAGCUGUACUCCCUCAAUGACCCAACCCUAAGUGAUAAGGCUGUGAAGAAGAUGGAUCGUCAGCCAAGCCUGUGCUCUCAGUUGUCUAUGAUGCAGAUGAGAAACAGUAUGGCCAGCACCAGCGACACCGAUGAUGUGCUUAGUCAGAUCCUGAGAGGCAGCUCAGCAGGGUCAUCAGUCCGUAAGUCUCAGUACACUUCCUCUUUUUCAACUACCUCUCACUAA